UGGAACAAAGAUCAACGUGGGCAUUGGGUUGAACACCGUGCUGCUGAACGGAAGUAGUGGAGGCAUUAUAAGCAGUGGAUUUUAUACAGGAGCUGAUAAGAUGCUGGAUUUCCUGAGAGGCAUUGGGCCUGGCCAAAUCCUGCUUGUGGCAUCCUACGAUGAUCCAUCCAUCAUACUGAAAGAGGAGUCUCGUGAGCUACUCCGAGGGCUGGGGAGCUCUGCUGCUCAGACACUAGGGGCUCGCGAUGGCUGGGUCUUCGCAGGACAGAAGGCUGCAGAGGGAAGCGCAUUUGAAAAGCACAUUUCAAGUGAUGAGAAAACCAACACCUUUGACAAGUGGCCUGCAGUUAUCGAGAUCUCAGGAUGCUUCAAGAAGACCUGACUGGCAUCUAUUGUCGUUCCCACACUACCCCAUUUGUUAUAAGCUCG